AUGCCGACCUCUCUUCAUCCACAAGCCAAGUUCGAUCCUAUUCCACCGGAUCUGGAUCUGUACGGCUUGGUCGACAGGACCCCCAACUUCAAGUGGGUUCAGCGUGUCUCGAGGUCACAGAUUCGCAACCUUGGGCAACAAGAGUUUGAGAAGCUCGUUCUGAUCCACAUCAUCGUUGGUGGAAAGCCUUUGGUCAUUGAUGGAUGGGACCAGGUUCUCCCAAAGUGGCUUUUUGAUGCUGGGUGGUUCGAGAAGACGUAUGACAAGAAGCAGGAAAAUGUUCGAGAUAUCACGGCUGGUAGCGACAUUCCUAUGACAACUGGACAUUAUCUACGGUCAAUGAGACAACUCACAAACCAAUGGACACCGAGCAACUUCCGCGACGAUCGACGCCAACGCCUCUACCUCAAAGAUAUAGACUGCCCUGUUGAAUGGCACGAUGCGCUGCAGAAAGUCAUCCACCCGAAUCUUUUCUACCUGAACGAGAAUUCAAGCGAAGCUGGAGGAGUGCGACAGCAAACAGACGACAUCCUUCGCGAUGACGCAGCUGCAGCUUCUGCUGGCGACCUGAUGUCCAGUCUGCCCGAGGAGAUGCGCGCCCAGAACCUGAUGUGCUAUGUCGGUCAUGAAGGUACCUACACCCCGGCGCAUCGUGAAAUGUGUGCCUCCCUGGGCCAAAAUAUCAUGGUGGAAGCGUCAGGCGAUGAGGGGGGCGAGAAACCCGGCAGCUCGAUUUGGUUCAUGACCGAAAGCAAGGAUCGCGAGGUUGUCCGCGAAUACUUUCUCUCGAUGCUGGGGCAUGACAUCGAGAUCGAGAAACACUUUGCUCAGAUAAAUGCGUGGAAGAAGGCCCCCUUUGAUGUCUACGUUGUCGAGCAGAGAGUUGGCGACUUCAUCCUCAUCCCACCCCUAGCGGCACAUCAAGUUUGGAAUCGAGGCACAAGAACAAUGAAAGUCGCCUGGAAUCGAACAACAGCCGAAACACUGGAGCUUGCGCUUCACGAAGCACUGCCCAAAGCACGACUGGUCUGUCGCGACGAGCAGUACAAGAACAAAGCCAUAAUCUACUUUACUCUAGAAAAAUACUAUCGCCAACUUCAACAUCUGGACGAGAACGCAGAGAUGACCCAGAUGAGCUUUAUGGGGCUUGGCCAGGAUAUUGUCCGAAGCUCGCCUCGAGCAAAGCAGCUCGCCGGCGACUUCAAGAAACUCUUUGGUCUCUUUACCGAAAUUCUUCUAGACGAAAUGUUUGCAUUCAAGGAAAAGGAAGUAGAGCUUAUUGAGUUCGACUCCUGCAUCACCUGCUCUUAUUGCCGAUCCAACAUCUUCAACCGAUUCUUGACAUGCAAGCAUUGUACUCGCAUGCUGAUCAAUGGCGAUGAAGAUGCGUAUGAUGUCUGCAUGGAAUGCUACGCUAUGGGACGAUCAUGUGCAUGCCUCUCUGGCCUGCAAUGGUGCGAGCAAUGGUCCUGGUCCGAACUUGUCGACAACUACGAAACCUGGCGAUCCAUGGUCAUCAAGAAUGAUGGCUAUGUUGACUUUGAGUUUUCCCCACAGCCCCUCGAGAUCGCACGGCAACGAGCUGGCAGGAAGGCCGUAGCACAAAUAUGCCAGGAGGCUCUUCGACGACGGCCCUGGAAGGAUAUCACUAAGCCAGAACGCGAAAACACUCCGAGCGAGUCAGAGCCAGAGAGCGAAGACAAACCUAAGAAGAAGUACAAGCGAAAGAAGAAGAAGGGUGAGCUUCGCAGGUGCCAUGUAUGCUGUCACAAGGAUUACGCCUACCGAGUGCAUCAGUGUACGAACCCAGGGUGCACUGAAGCAUAUUGCUACGGCGUACUCUAUCGAGCUUUCGAUAUGAUGCCUCAGAAAGUGCUCGAAGAUGAACAAUGGCAAUGUCCCAAGUGCCUAGGUAUCUGCAACUGCGGCGCUUGUCGACGAGGAGGAAACACAGAUCCUUACACGCCGAAGAACACCCUGCUGGGACAUGACACUCGCCCCAUCGCUGAUGACCGGAGUGUGGAGGCGCUUGUGGACUUCCGAGUACACAACCUAUCAUGGCUCAAGGCCGCGGGAGAGGAGAGUCGCAGCAAGGACAGCAAUCGGAUGAAGAAGUUGAGAGAGCAGGCAGAUAAUGCCAAGGCACAAGACAUCACCGACCAGGCCAUGCAGGAUGAUACUGCAGGCCUUGAUACAUCUGGCAUGAACGGAUACGGGGAUCAAAGCCACGUUCUGGGUCAGGGUGACCAUGUCAUGGUUGAUGCACCCGGCGAGGAGCAAUUUCCUCCUUUCCCUGACGGAGCUGCUGGUCCAGUUAACGAACCCAUGCCCGCGAUGGAUUUGCCACAGGCAGAAGAUCCCGAUGAAUCGCUUUAUCCCGAUCCUUCUGUGGUGGCUCGACAACGCAUCGGCAUGGGAUACUACGAACAGGAUGAUACGCCAGACAAGAUUCUCUUUGACCCUUUUCAGGCGCCUUCCGAAGAGGCCAUGCGACCUUCUGAGCCGGAUAUCCCCGAAUUUGUCAAGAAGUCCAUUCGCGCCGCCAAGAGGAAGGCCAAACGAGAGAAUGAGGAUCCAGAUUUUGUGGUUGGCAAAAGUCACCACAAGAAGCCUCGACCUACGGCUGAGGCAGAUCCUCUAGACAACAUGGAUCCUGCAUUGUUCGGUGGACCAACUGCCCCUGAGGCGGCCAUGCAUGAGCCAGGUCAAACUGACCAGAGCCAAACCGAGCCACAGAGUGAAGGAACGGCAGAACCAGGCCAAGAAGAUCAGUCCGAGCCACCACCUAGGAAGAUGACGAUGCCUCGGUUCGACGCCAACGAGCCUUUACUCCGACACGCCAAGCCCAUAGCGUCCUACGUGGAGGAGGAGGUUGAUUCUGACGAGUUCGAAGAAGACCACAGCCACCAACCCAAGGCUCGAUCACCUAAGGGAGCAUCGACGAAUGGAAAGACUGCCGUGGACCUAGCUGCCGAUGCAGUGCGUGCUCUGUUCGGGACGCCCUCCACUAAUAAUGACAAGCCUGCUCCUUCGAUCGAAAUGGACGAAACGGAGACUUCCACCAUGUCUCCAUCUGAGGUCAAGGUCCCCAAGAGGCGUGGUCGUCCUCCGAAGAAUACGUCUCCUCACCAGGACUCGCCACCACAAGCGACGCCAACUUCAUCAGCGAAGAAGCCAAGAGGUAGACCAAGGGGUAGACCAAGGGGUUGGCCUAAAGGUCGGCCUAGGAAGUCGCAUCUAUCUCAGGUCACUGUUGCGGACGAACCGAGCGAGAUCGCUGAAGACGCUGCCCAGGAAACCGUUCAGGGAACUGUCGACGUCGAAGCCAACAGCGAUGAGGAGCAUGAGAGGAUGGUUGGCGAGCUUGAAGCUCAGCUCGCUACCGACACUCCUGAGGUCGUGGCAGAACCUCCCCAGCCGCGACGACGAGGAAGACCUAGGAAGUCGGGUGUGACAACCAUUGCUGCUGCAUCAGUGGCUGUUGAGCUAUCUGACGAUGGCCAUGGCGAGCAUACACCAAGCAAGGGUGAAGAUCGUGCCUCGAGAAGUGCCCGCCGAACACGACGUCCCGAGGUUGCUGAGCCGGAGCCGGAGUCGACACCCACGGUUCCUAGUUCGAGUGGUACGCAAUUCUUGUCCAUGGCCGAGCGCAUGGCGCUCAAGGGGAAGAAGUUCAGGAUUGGGAAGCGCAAGGCUCGCCCAAGCUCUGGUGGCACAACUGCCUCCCCGUCUGUUUCCGUAACCCCUGGUACACGCUCUAAGGCCACACCGGACGUUGUGGAUGAGGUAAUGGAAGAGGUGGUGGACGAGCCGGAGCAGGCACAGCAGUCGACAGCGGAAUCUGCCCACAUCGAUACCGGCUCUGAGGAUGAGUACAGGGGAGGAGGGUCACAUUCUAUGGCAUCUUCAGCCCAUGACAGUCCACGCAGUCCCUCGCCGCCGCUCUCGCUAAAGCCACCUAGCCAACCCACCGUUGUCAGAAUUGGUGAAUCGGACUCAGAGGAAGAGCAGAGUCUGAUGAGCAGCUCGGGCUUCGGUUCAGAGAGCGAUGGUGAUAUCCCAGCUAGAGGCCGGGGUUCUGGUCGUGGAGGUCGUGGUCGUGGUCGUGGUCGUGGUCGCGGUAGAGGAAGAGGACGAGGCAGGGGGCGAAGGUUUUAG